UUCUUGGCUGGAGAUAAAUUUGAUUGACUGAAAAGAAUGCUAGAUGUUUUUACGUUUAAGUCGUCUUAUCAAACAUAACACAUCCACUCUUAUUUAGUUCUACAAGUGUUCUUUUCCAUACGAAAACGACUGAACUAGUCAUGCAUUUUACAUACGUGCUUGUGAUACGACAGAACAUUUUCGACGAUGCCAAUUUUUAAAUAUUUGUGACUUAAAAUCAUCGAUUCUGUAUUAGGCUUAAUAGAUGAAGACAUAACCGACAGUGCGAUACGUGUUGGUUUAGUGAAGAAUGGUGUAAAUGUGAUUUUUAAUUCAACAAAAAACUCUCAAGUGAUUUGCUUUGUGUCAUCGGGAAACAAAGGGUUUUGAGCAGUCUGUCGUCGCACAGGUUCAUUAUUUUUAACAUGUCUCAGUGUGUUUACAUGUCAUUUUUCUGUUGAAAUGUGUCGUCAGUUCCAUGUUUUCUAAUCAAGUCAAUGUGAUGGUGAAAUGUGCAAAAAAUCUUUCACCUCCGCUAGCGAUUGCUAGUGCUCCAUGGGGCGAUGUAUCAUCAAUCGAGUGAUGUUGUCUGUCGCGAUAAGCCGACGUCGGGCUUGUCUUCUGGCAAUACUGUUACGAAAUUAUAUUCUUAUUACGCCACUGAAACAUUGCCGAAAUUGAAGAAAACGGCCAAGAAACAGAGCCCCCCUAUGAAUAGCUCGGCGAACAGCGGCGCUGCGAGCAGCACGCCCGCUCUGCCCAUUACAACGGGGAGCAGCGAGGCUGGCAGCUCCCAGAGCAACAGUCAGGAGAAGCCCAAGACCACUGUGGCAGCCCCUGAACAAGUCAUGCUGUUGUAUAUGAGCAAGCUCACUCCUUACGAGCACCACGAGAUAUUCUCUUACCCACAAAUUUAUUUCAUUGGGGCGAAUGCUAAGAAAAGAGCAGGCAGACCUGGUGUCAGUCUAUCUGAAUUCGACAAUGAACAAGGAUCUUAUAUUCAUAUCCCGCAUGAUCAUGUUGCUUACCGGUAUGAAGUACUCAAAGUCAUCGGGAAAGGUAGCUUUGGCCAGGUUGUUAAAGCUUACGAUCAUAAAACCCAUGAGCAUGUUGCUUUAAAAAUGGUUCGAAAUGAAAAGCGAUUUCACAGGCAAGCCCAGGAAGAAAUUCGCAUUCUUCAGCAUCUGAGGAAACAAGAUAAAGAUAACACUAUGAACAUUAUCCAUAUGUUUGAUUUUUUUACUUUCCGAAACCAUAUGUGCAUAACAUUUGAGCUCCUUUCUAUUAAUUUGUAUGAACUGAUAAAGAAGAAUAAAUUUCAAGGUUUUAGCUUGCAGCUGGUGCGAAAAUUUUCUCAUUCGUUACUGCAAUGCUUAGAUGCCCUGCACAAUAAUAAAAUAAUACAUUGUGAUAUGAAGCCAGAAAAUGUUCUCUUGAAGCAACAAGGUCGAUCUGGUAUAAAGGUGAUUGAUUUUGGAUCUUCUUGCUAUGAACACCAGAGAAUAGGAGAUGGAACUACAGUGUUGAAUGGUGGUCUGUCAAGAAGAGGCAAGCCAAGAGGUCCUCCUGGUUCCAAAGAUUUAAAGAAGGCUUUGAAAGGGUGCAAUGACCAGCUAUUCCUAGACUUUAUCAGUCGUUGUCUGGAAUGGGAUCCAGAAAAGCGCAUGACCCCAAGUGCCGCUUUACGUCAUGCUUGGUUGCGACGACGUCUGCCCAGACCACCAAAUGACAAAUGCUAUGAAUGUGCAAAAUUGCCUUCAUCGACAAUUAUUACAACCACUUCUUCAAGUAGUGCUACUAAAACGAGCGCAGUUGUCAACAAAGCAUCUAUUCCUAGUGCUACUUAUACGAAUAGUAAGCUACGCGGGCAGGUGUCCAGUUCUUCAGAUGAACGGUCUAGGCACAACUUAAAUAAUUCUAAUAAUAAACUUCCCAAUAUCCAAGGCGUGCAAGGAAGCUAGUAAUGCCAUGGUUAGGUAAAUAGUUUUAAUAA